AUGAAGUCAAAAUUUGAAAGUUUAUAUAAUUUAAAAAUGAAAUAUUUAAUUCCACUUUAUUUUGUGCUUUUUUUAUCAGUUAUUACUAUUAUUAAUGUAAAUUCAAAAAAAAAAGCAACAAAAGAAUGGAAACCAAUGAAACCACUGUUAAAUUCAACUUUUGUAACAAAAUUAGGACGAAAAGGAGUAAAUUAUUACAACAACCAACAUAAAAAUGAAACUAUUUUGAUAUUUGUAAACGUUACAAAUGGUCUAAGGAGUGGAAAAAAAAGUAAAGAAAACAAAUUACUAAAGCUAAUAAUUAUGGUUACAAGAUCAACUAGUAGUAAUAGAAACAGAAAACAAUACUGUCAAAAACUUCGUGUAAUAUUUAAUGACACAAAUAGUGGAAGAAUACCAAUAAGAAGCAAGCUGUUCAAUAAAACUUUAGAAGGAGAAUGUAUUAUUCCAAAAAAACUAAAUAAUCUAUCACAGAAUAAAAAGGAUUAA